AUGAAGAUCAGAAACGCUUGUGCUGUCCUGACUGCAGUGCUCCUGUUUAUACUUGAAGGAGCUACAGGAGCUCAAGAAUCCCCGAGUUUUUCAGACCCUGACCCAUGGCCGUGCAAUCCCAAGUGUGAUGGCAGAACUUACAACCCCUCUGAGGAGUGUUGUGAUCAUGACACCAUCCUGCCCCGUACGAAGACGAACCUCUGUGGCCAUAACUGCACUUAUAGGCCCUGCUUUGAGCUCUGCUGUCCUGAGUCCUAUAGCCCCAAGAAGAAAUUUAUUGUCAAGCUGAAAGUUCAGGGAGAGAGAGCCCAUUGCAGUUCAUCCCCUAUCUCCAGGCACUGUGAAAGCAAAAAGAUUUUGCACAGAGAAGAUAUUAAAGAAAACCUACUUUCUCUUUAG